UUUGCCGUUCUGAAGUUUGGAACGAGAAAUUGCUGUGCAUUUUUGAGGAUUCUCUAAGUAAAGUUUUGUAGAAGCACAUCCUCUCAGGUAAACCUUGAUGCCUUAAGUCUGAAGCCAGCGAUAUACAAUAGAAAAUGGGUAUUUGCUCAUCUUGCUUUGGAGGAUCCUCAGAGGAGUUGAUCGAGACUCCGAGUGUUGAAGCGCGUCGUCAACUGCAAAUUGAAGCGGCCGAGAGAAGACGCCAGGAGAAUGAGAGCAGAGGAAUAAAAGACGUGGAGAAAGUGAGGAGACAGCAGAUGUUGCAGGAAAAGAGGGACAAUCAGCAGGCAGCGAUGGGAGAACCUGUCCUGAAAUGGCAAGCUGACUAAACCUCAGCGAGAGAGG